AUGAUGAUGUCAUGACUCCCUCCCUGUGACCCUUAUAUACAUGAAGCUCGCUGCGAAAAUCCCGACUAUUACGAUCAAUCACACAAUCCGAAUAUCAAAUAUCAGUCAAAAUGCCUACAAAGAAAGUCCUGAUAAUCCUCUCCGACGCCACCUCCUUCCCGCUGAAAAAACCCGCCGGGUCCAGCGGCGAGACCGCCAAAACCGUCGACCAGCCCUCGGGCUUCUUCCUAAUGGAGCUCGCCAAACCCCUCCAGAAACUCCUCGACGCCGGACACGAGGUCACAUUCGCAAGCCCCAAGGGCCAAGAACCCGUCCCCGAUCCCAACAGCGAAUCGCUCGCGGCGUUCGCGGGGAACUUUUACGAGCGGCGCCGCGAGAAUGAGUUGCUCGAGCGCAUGAAGCGCGAGAAUGGCUUCUCGCGGCCGCGGACGUUGGCCAGUAUCUCCAACGAUGAACUCUCUACCUUUGCCGGGGUGUUCAUUCCCGGCGGCCACGCGCCCCUACGCGAUCUCGGCGACGACAAGGAGCUCGGCCGGAUCCUUCGCUUCUUCCAUGAAGAGAAUAAGCCGACAGCUGCGAUCUGCCACGGGCCAUAUGCGUUGCUCAGCACGAAGCAGGCUGGUGACGGGACGUUUGCGUACAAGGGGUACAAGAUCACCGCGUGGAGCGAUGCAGAGGAGAAGGUGAUGGAGACGAUUCUGGGUGGAGAGAUUGAGAAGGUGGAGUCGUCGCUCCGGAAUGAGGGGGCGGAGAUGGUUACGGGCGUUGGAGAGAAGAUGGGGCAGACGACGCUGGAUCGUGAGCUUUUGACGGGGGAGAAUCCGCUCGCUGCGGGGCAGCUUGGGGAUAGGUUUGUGAGGAUGAUUAGUGUUUGAUUUACAGGGGCUUCUUUGGUGAGAAGGUGAUGGGUAGCUAGCGAGAGGCUGUACGAUAUCCAAAUUGUUAGUACAAUUUUCCAAAUGCGUAUAGCGCUUAGUUUGAUUCAUGGCUUGGACUAGUAGCAGAAGCCAGAAGCUCCUGUGAAAGAGCACAGUCCUCACCUAGAUUCAGGACGAACCCAUCCUUCCCGGGAAGGGUGCACGGGUGACUGAAACUGCGCAUCGCAAUUCCGCACGAGUCAGGUCCACAAUAAUAAUGCUCGAGCCUCGAGUCCAGACUCGAUGACCACUCAUGGUUCGCUGGCCAGGCAAGGAAUGGAACGUGGC